GACACAACAUUCAGUUUGUUGGGCAAUGGGAAGUGAUCGUGUGAUAAAAAAGAGGAAAAUGUCGGCUUUGGAACAGCUUAAAAAUUUAACAACCAUUGUUGCUGAUACCGGCGAUUUUGAUGCCAUAAAUGUCUAUAAGCCUACCGAUGCCACGACUAACCCAUCCCUUAUCUUGUCUGCGUCAUCUAUGGACCGCUAUCAAUACAUAGUAAAAAAUGCCGUCGACUAUGGAAAAACUAAAAAAGGAUCGCUGGAAAAUCAAGUAUCUGAAGCUAUGGAUUACUUGUGCGUAUUAUUCGGGUGUGAAAUUCUGAAAGUUGUGCCUGGUAGGGUAUCUACUGAAAUAGACGCACGCCUCUCGUUUGAUACGAAGAAAAGCGUGGAAAAGGCAUUGAAAUUGAUUGAAUUAUACGCCACCUUUGGAAUUGAAAAGGAGCGCAUUUUAAUUAAACUUGCUUCCACAUGGGAAGGUAUAAAGGCUGCCGAAAUUUUGGAAAAAGAACAUGGAGUUCAUUGUAAUCUCACACUGCUAUUUACAUUUGCUCAGGCGGUGGCUUGUGCUGAAGCUGGUGUAACUCUAAUCUCCCCGUUUGUGGGUCGCAUAUUGGAUUGGUACGUGGCUAACACAGAUACCAAAACUUUUAAGCCUCAAGACGACCCAGGCGUCAUUUCAGUUACGAGUAUCUAUAAUUACUACAAGAAAUUUGACUAUAAAACAUUGGUAAUGGGUGCAUCAUUUAGAAAUACUGGUGAAAUUAAAGCAUUAGCUGGCUGUGAUCUGCUUACGAUCAGUCCAUCUUUACUAAAAGAUUUAGAAAAUGAUGAAGAGAUACUGAAACCAGCUUUGUCCGUAGCCACUGCUAAACUCCAAGAUAUUAAGCAGAUUUCUUUAAAUGAGAAUCAAUUCAGAUGGUUACUUAAUGAAGAUGCCAUGGCGACUGAUAAAUUGUCUGAGGGUAUACGGAAAUUCGCUGUAGAUACAGUGAAACUGGAAAACUUAAUAAAAAACUUGUUUAAAUAAUUUUUUUUCAAGCACAUUUAAUGUAUAAACUUUAAAGUUUAACACACUGUUCCUUUCGAUUCUCUUUUAAAGACAUAAAAGUUUAUAAAUGAUUUAAAAAA